AUGAGAAGAAUACAGCUACUGUCUCCGUUACUUGGAGAAGAUCAAAUUGGAGUAUUGUGGGUCAAUUCGCAGCCUGAUCAAUCAUCAGCCAAACUGGCGCAAUAUUUGUGGAACAAAAGCACAUUCCGUAGUUGUACCGAUGGAGCUGCUAAUUUCAUCAUGCCCCUUGUCAAGAAUGAAAAUUGUUUAAAGCCUGACUUGAUUUCUGGAGAUUUUGAUUCCAUUUCCGCUGUGGCAAGAAAAUUCUUCGAAUCACAGGUUGAAAUCGUGGAAACACCUGAUCAAGACUACACUGACAUGUGCAAAGCGUUGCAAAUUAUUGCUGAGAGGAUGAGAAAUAAAAAACUGAAUAUCUCGAAAGUUAUUGUUUUGGGCGGACUUUUUGGGCGUUUUGAUCAUGUACUAUCGUCUCUGCAUUCAUUAUUACGGUUCGAUAGCUGUGGAAUUGCAAUUAUCGACGGUAUUAAUUUGGUCACGAUUUUGCGCGAGGGUUCUACAAGCUUAGAGUUCACUGGAGGUCAGCAUCUUUUAACAGGAAAAUGUGGCAUUAUCCCUUUCACUCAGCGCAAAACGACCGUAUCAUCUAGUGGCUUGAAGUGGAAUUUAGAUGAAACGGAGCUUGCAUUUGGCAAACUUAUCAGUACAUCAAAUGAAAUGAUUAGCGAUACAGCGUCGGUAACCUGCACAGCUCCAGUAGUGUUCACCAUGGAAUUGUCAGAAAACGCUCUGUCACUGUGA